AGGACGACGGCCUGGUGGUGGCCUUCUGCGAGAACCGCGACGCGAGCAUGAAGGGAUUCUUCCCGGAGUUCAACCUCGCGGAGAUGAUCUUCAGCAACGCCUACGCCUUCCCCGGCCUCACGCUGGUCGCCGACGACCACCCGAAGGAGCAGAUGCUGAAGAUGUCGGAGCGGCUGCUCUCCGUCAUGCCCAAGAUGAACACCCUCGACGACGACAUCAAGGCGCAGGAGGCCGCGACGGCCAAGCAGGAGAAGUACGCCGACGACGACGAGGUGAUCGAGACGGCCCAGCCCAAGCUGAAGUUCGCGCCUGACCUCGUCAUCCAGUCGGAGCAGUUCCUCAAGCGCUGGUGCCCGAACCGGCCGAGCAACUCGAUCACGCUCAUGCGGCUGCUGCCGACGGUGAAGGAGUUCAUGGAGAUCAAGGCGCUUCCGGUGGACGAGAGGUGGCAGAUGAUGGCGCUCUCGGGGGCGGGUUCCUUCGACCCGAAGCUCGACGUGGACCCAGGCAACCCGACGUACACGCAGUGGGUGCACGACAGCAUGACCCUGAACAAGCUCGCCUGUGUCACCGCCGGUAAAGAGUUCACCUGGGGUGCCAACGUGCCCGCCUCCACCGUCGUGGUGACCACUUCGUUCGCGGAGAACACCUCCGUCGCCGGGAUGCUGCAGUACGUGGGGCGCGCGGCCCGCCGCGGUCUCACCACCCACGGGCAGGCCAUCUUCGAGCGCGAGGAGGACCUGGACCGGAUCUUCGCGAGCCCAGACGGUCUGAGCACCGAGGCGCUCACGAUGGAGCGGUAUGCCGAGUGGUGGCGCACCAACGGCAAGAAGUGGUGAUCGGCUGCGAAGACGGCCAGCGGCAGCCGCGGGGAGGCAGUUUUUGACCGGGAGGAGGACCUUGACCAGAUCUUCGCGAGAUUUGGCAGUCUUGGCAAAGGC